AGUAGAACUAGGAAGAGGAAGAUAUGACAAGGGUAGGGCAGACGAGAGAAUCUGUAGGAAAAAUCCAUUAUACUCCGUAGUUUCUUACACUUGUGACGAUCAACAAAAUUCCAACCAAAGAUAUAGUAAAAUGAGUGAAUGUUAGGAUAACCCCAAAGUGUCGCAUAUCCCUCUCUCUCUCUCUCUCUUACUGUGAUUUGCGGAAGAGUGAGAGGGAAAGUGGCCCCGCCAGAUCCGAAAAACGCCAGUUCUUUUCCACAUUUGGCGUCCUUGUAAAUCAACAAUGGACUAAAAUCUAUGCAUCCGUUUCAUGGCUUUUUCUACAACACAACAAUAAGACCCUCCCACCCCUCUCUCUCUCUCUCUCUCUCUCUGUAUGCGUAUGAACACUACAGCUCUUUCUACAUCAGUAAUGGGUUUUUCUUGAUUCUUACUGGGGUUUCAAGUCUGGGUGUCUGGUCGGGAUUAAAAAAAAUGCAGUGUACAAGCUAUACUCUGGGAUGUUACUAUCUAAGAGACCUUAAUGUAGGCCUUGGUGGGUGUUCAUGGUCGACGGCUAACAGUGAUAUUGUAUGGAAUGGUGGGCACAGGGUCAAUGUUUUGUUGCCUCCGCCUACUAUGGAUCACGAUCUAUGUCCUCAGAAGGAAAUUUGUAGACAGAUGAUGCUAAAGCACGAAUCAACAUUCAAAUAUCAGGUCUAUGAGCUGCACCGCCUAUAUAGAAGGCAAAAGGAACUGAUGGAGGAAACUAGAAACAGGGAACUAUUGGCGCAUAGUUUAAAAUUGCCUUUGGUAUCUGAAGCAAUGUCGGAAAUCUCCAUGGAAACCCACUUGCCUUCAAGGAAUGUCUCGGGUAUUAGGCCCUCUUUUCCGAGUCCACAGAUGUUUCAAGAACCUUCACGCUUUGUAGCUGGAAACAAUGAGGAACUGGCUACUCACAAACGUGCAAUACAAGAUGAUUUUGAAGGAUGUCAACAUUCGUCAUCUCAAAGAAAGAAAUCUAGGAAGAGAAUGUUGGAUCUUGAACUUCCGGGUGAUUUGUACAUAGAUAGUGAAGAGGAAAAUGAGGUUCAAGUGCCUAAGACCCCAAUCACAAAUCUAUGGCCCGUAAAUGAAUCAAAACUUGCCUCUUUUUACCCGGAAGGUUCUUCCAUGUCUGAUUCAAGUUGCAGGAAGACCAACUUAUUGUUCGACUUGAAUGAGCCUGCACAGCCAGAUGAAUCAGAAUUCCCAAGUUCCUCGAGUCUUCUUGAAUCUGAUAGCAGUCAACAUGAUAUCGCGAAUCAGAAUCAGGAUCUUUCAGAAAAGGAAAAGUCAAAUGCAGAUUGCUCUUUGCCAAAUAAAGAAACUUUGCUUGAUAUUACGGUUGGAGAAGGUCAUUAUGAUGCUUGCAAAAUUAGUCCACUUCUCGAGAAAGACAAAGAAAAUGGGCUGCUACCUUGCAAUACUGAAGCCGGGGGAAAUAGAAGCGAUUUGAAUCAAUUUGCGGAAGAAUCCUGCUGUCUGACACCAAGUAAUGAAUGUAAACGAAGGAGAACUUUAGAUUCAAAAAUCUCCGAGAAGAAUUGUGGUGAAGCUAGUAUUGAUGUUCCCUCUUUUGUUUCUUCUCUGGGAAAAUCAAUCAAUGACUCGGAGGAGUUUCCUAUUUUGGUUCAAGCACUUCCAUGCAUUAAUGACACUUCACUCAAUAAGUGUCAUAAAUCUUCUAUUUCCAAACCUAGGCUCAGUCGAAGAAAGUUCAACCUAAACAAAAUAAAACCUGCAGGCUCCCGUUCAACACGAGAUGCUGACAGUGUUAACACUUCUGGGCCAAAUGACAAGGUGACAGAUAGUAGCGGGAAGUACGAGGCUGCUGACAGUAAUUUGGAUCUUAUUCCUACCGAGCAACAAAAAUAUGACACAGAGAGAGAUUUGAAAGCGCCUAUUAGCCCAGAGAACCGGGAGUGUUCUCCGCCUAGAGCAGAUUCUCAAGAGACACGGCUUGACAGAUCUAUUGGUUUAUCCAAAGAAGGUGGAGACGAAGAAGUAAGUGACAGGCUUGCAGCAGAUACAUUAGUAUUGAUUUUAUCAUCCGGGGUGCACAAGUAUUCGAAGACCGGUAUUGAGCAACCCGAAGUCUCUAUUGGCUGCCUUGAUUGGUUUGCUGGAAUUGCAUCUACUUUGGUAAAUGAUCAAAAUGAUCUUCUUCGGUCUGGUGUGCAUGAUUGCAUUGAGGCCAGGAAAAAGAACGUGGCAAACAGCAAGGCAAAACAUUGUGCUCGUAAAGUGAAGGUCGAGAAUGUGAAAGAAACAGUUGAUGCAUCUUUGCCUUGUCGACUAAAAAAGACGAAAUCAGAGCCCGAAACGAAGGAUCGGGCAUGUUCAGGGAGGAGAAAAGCAAGGAGUGGCCAUGCUAAAGGGAUGAGAAGUUCGAAAGCUUUGAAGACAAGUGCAUGCUCACAUUUCAAGCAGCAAAAUGAUGGUAAGAAGCUCAGUUCCGCUGAAAGGCGGUUGGAAGUGUGGGGAAGUAAGAAGAAGCGAAUGGCUCGACGUGCUACGAGUACACCCCUUUUUUCGGUUCAGGUAUUUGGUAUUUCAAGCUAAGGGCGAGCAAAUUUCUUCAGUAUAAACAAACAGUACAGCAAACAAACCUCAUUGCUUCACUCAAUUCACUGCAUAUAAGUUAACUUGGUGAAGGCCUGAAGGGAUUUACUUUUGUUUAGAUUUUUGUUUUUUGUAAGAAGAAUUGAACAAUGAAGGUUCUUUGCUUGGCCUAUCUGCUGAUCAUGGGAUAUCUUGUGUACAUACAAUUCUAGCUAGGACUGAGGAUUUGAUUAAUGGUAACUUACAAUUAAACUAUUGAACUAGGUC